AUAGAAAUCAUCGAAAAUUACACUCCAUAAAUCUAUACUACUCUUCUCUCUCUGUUCCGUGAUUGCGAAUCAGCACAAACCAGACCUCAAUCUGACGGUGUUUCCCAUGUCUCAUUUCGCAUAUUAAUCUACCUUCGGCCGCAUCAAUUUCGCCCGAUCCAUCUCCGUCUCUCUGCGCGCUUCUUUCCAAUUCCCUGCCUUUCGACUUCGUAGCUUAGGAGUUUUGAUUUUCCGUCGUGAUUUGAGCUUCAAGAAUGGUUUUGUGAUUUUUGUGGAUUCAGCUGAAUAUAGUUGUGUAAUUAUUGGUUCCUUAGUCCUGAUUACUCUGGUUGCACAGGUGGAUAAAUGGCCUCCAUCACCCAGUCUCCAGUAUCAUUUACUGGAAACUUGACCUCCAAGUCCAAUGCCUCAGAUCAUCUUCGGAGCUCAAGUAAUGGGGCUUGUGGUGUACCCCUAAGAACCCUUGGAAGAGCCCAAUUAGGAGCAAAACAGAGAAACUUCACUAUAUCUGCAAAAGUUAGGAAAGUGAAAAAACAUGAGUAUCCAUGGCCUGAAGAUCCCGAUCCAAAUGUGAAAGGCGGAGUCCUUAGCCACCUUUCACCUUUCAAGCCUUUGAAAGAGAAGCCUAAGCCAGUUACAUUGGAUUUUGAGAAACCUCUUAUGGACCUGCAGAAAAAAAUCAUCGAUGUGCAAAAGAUGGCAAACGAAACUGGUCUGGAUUUCAGUGAUCAAAUUAUAUCACUAGAGAAUAAAUAUCAACAGGCUUUGAAGGAUCUUUAUACUCAUCUAACACCCAUACAACGUGUGAACAUCGCACGGCAUCCUAAUAGGCCAACAUUUCUCGAUCAUGUCUUCAAUAUUACUGAGAAGUUUGUAGAGCUUCAUGGUGAUCGAGCUGGAUACGAUGAUCCAGCUAUAGUAACUGGUCUUGGUACUAUAGAUGGGAAAAGAUACAUGUUCAUUGGUCAUCAGAAAGGACGAAAUACAAAAGAGAAUAUUCAGAGGAACUUUGGGAUGCCUACUCCUCACGGUUACAGGAAGGCACUUCGCAUGAUGUACUAUGCUGAUCACCAUGGAUUCCCGAUUAUCACCUUCAUUGACACUCCUGGGGCUUAUGCUGAUGUUAAGUCUGAGGAACUCGGCCAAGGCGAGGCGAUAGCUCAUAAUUUGAGAACUAUGUUUGGUUUGAAGGUGCCUAUUAUUUCAAUUGUUAUGGGUGAAGGUGGCUCUGGUGGUGCCCUUGCUAUUGGCUGUGGGAACAAGCUGUUAAUGCUUGAAAAUGCAGUUUUCUAUGUUGCCAGCCCUGAAGCGUGUGCUGCAAUCUUGUGGAAGACUGCGAAAGCUUCUCCAAAGGCUGCUGAGAAGCUGAGGAUUACAGCAACAGAGCUAACCAAGUUACAAAUUUCGGAUGGUGUCAUCCCAGAACCUCUUGGUGGCGCACAUGCAGACCCUUAUUGGACCUCUCAACAGAUAAAAACUGCAAUCAUUGAAUCAAUGGAUGAGCUUGUAAAGAUGGACACUGAGACACUACUAAAACACAGAGCUCAAAAGUUCCGGAAACUUGGUGGAUUCCAAGAAGGAAUUCCCGUUGAUCCCAAAAGGAAGGUCAACAUGAAAAAGAAAGAAGAUCCCAUAGUUCCGAUAACCAGAACUUCAGAGGCAGAGUUGGCAGAAGAAGUCGAAAAACUGAAACAACAAAUUCUAGAUGGCGCUAAAUCAACUGGAGGGCUCCCAAGGACAGGAUUAAAGGACAUGAUUGAGAAAUUACAGACAGAAAUUGAUUAUGAAUAUGCUGAAGCUGCAAGAGCUCUUGGCAUGGAGGACAAAAUUUCAAUGUUGCGUGAAGAAAUUGCCAAAUCAAGGAGUGGGAGUGAUGAGGCUGCGAACCCUGCUCUAAGGGUAAAGAUUGAGCAGGUGAGGGAUGAGUUUGACAAAAAACUACCUGCAGCACCUAAUUACUCCAGCCUGAAAGGCAAGCUUGAUUUGCUGGAAGAUUUAUCCAAAAAUUUGAAUCUCUCCGAGAAGAGUAGCAAAAAAGAUGAAUUAAAACUCGAGAUAAAAAAGAGGCUCAAUGCAGUCACAAAUCGGCCAGAGGUGAAACAAAAGAUUGAGUCGCUUAAGGCUGAAAUGGCCAACUCAGGGGUGACAGAUAUUGGUUCAAAUCCGGAGCUGAAAGAGAAACUGCUGCAGCUGCGGAGUGAAUUACAUUCAGAAUUUGAUGCUGUACUUAAAUCUAUGGAUCUGCAAGUGGUCCAUCCCACCCCUGAAACAAUGGGAAAACUAUCCACCUUCAACGAAGAAGUUCAUAUGAUAAUAGAUGAUGUUGUCAGUUCUUCAGAUUUGAAAGAUAAGAUCGAGCUACUGAAGGCAGAGGUGGCGAAAGCUGGUUUAACCCCGGAUGGAGAUGCAAAGAGUAAGAUUGAGGCAUUGGAGUCAGAGAUCAAGCAAGCAAUUAAAGAAGCUCUAAACACCCCAGAAUUAAAGGAGAAGCAUGAAAAACUAACAGCUGAGGUCUUAGAGAGUACAAAAUCUUCUAAAGAAAGUACUGGAGAUGAACAGUCUAAAUCCGACGAGGCUCAAGUAACUGUCACUGCAGAAGCUAGCCGCGGAAGUGCCUGAUGUGAAAUGGUUGGUGGUUGCUGUAAAUGGGGGAGAACCUCAUUGUCUAUUGAAAGCUAGAGGAAAGAUCUUCAACCUUUGUGAAGACCAUAGAGAAUGGAAUUUAAUUCAUGCAAAAUAUAUGAGGAUUUCCUUGUCCAUUUUUUUCUCUCUGUUUUUUUUUUUUUUUCUUUGGCUAAGGAUUGGUAAUUUAUAUGGCUUCAAUGUUUCUUUCUGAAGUGGAUUCAGUCCGGUUUUGAAUUUGGAGUCCUUGAAAACAUUGAAUAAUUUGUAUUAGCGUUCGAACCAAAUCCAUUUACAUGUCUGCUGUCCUCAAUCAAUUUUCAGUAGAGUAUAUCUAUCUUAGUACCAGUUGCAAGUUUAUUUAUUUUGAUUACCAUUGUUUAUUUAUAUCAACGUGCAAGUGACAAAUUGCAGUUUAUUGCAUGCAGCCCAGAAAGAUUGAUUUGAUUGGAACUGUUACUACAUGCAGAGCAGAGCACAUAAUUUAUAAAAUGAGAUGAAGAUGUUCAGUAGAGAAAUGGGAUGACGGCUUUUCUGCUUUUUGGAUAAUCCUCUCCGAACUUAUCCAAAUACCACUUGUGGCUGGCCCCAGCACGCGGCACCAGAUUGGCGCACGUGUACACGAAGAACCCGAUUCCGGCCCAAGACCAAGUCAUGACGGCCCAGCCCAACCACUCCAAAAUCUCCCCUAAAUAAUUUGGGCAGGUGACCCAUUCAAAAAGCCCACCUCUGGGUAUUUUAUACCCGCCGCCGAGAGCUUUAAGGCCUAUCAAUAAAUUGUCCGACCACACAUUCGCCGCCAUCCCGCAGCCGAAGAUCGCCGCCCCUACACCCAAUCGCCACCAGAACCACUCAUCGCCCUCCAGAUCGGCAUAUUCCGACACCCACCUCGCCUGCAAAUAACCGUUCAACAAAUUAAACCCAAACGCCAUCACGGCCACGCUCACCGGAAAGCCUGAUUUAUUUGGCCCUAGGAAGAGCCGGAAAGGGUAGACGAUCGUCCGGUGGGUGUAAUGGAUGAGGAACGGCGACAUGAGAAUCAGCGCCCGAGGAUUGUGGUAGUUUCUGCCAUGGGGGAAGAGGAGGAAAGUGAGCCAUAAGGUGGGGCUCUCCAUGAGGAACCAGGCCAGCGGCGGCGUAAUGGCGGGGCCCCAUCCGGGACGGUUGUGCUUUCCGUACGGGGCGGUGAGGAAGAGGAGGGACACGACGGUCGGCGGCGUGAUCAGGUAGAUGGCCAGGACGCAGAAAUUGAACGCUCCUUCGUCGGAAAACACCAUCGCUUGCUUCCUAGAUCUCACGACUCACUCUGAUCUGGCUUGAUUUGUUUUUGCAUUUGACAAAUGUGAAACUGUAUUAUAUGAUUAUUUAUUGUGUGUGUAUGAAUUGUUUUGUUCAACAAUUUUUAUUUUUUAUUUUUUAUAUUUUGGUGAA